AUGUCUGAGGCGUCGGAUAAAGCCCAACCGGGUUGGCGAAUCCCCCGUGCGUGUCAGGAAUGCCGCAAACGUAAAAUCAAAUGCAAUGGCCUGACCCCGUGCAAAACUUGCCAAUUGCGCAAUACACCCUGUCUAUACAGAGACUAUAUUCGCCAUCGACGAAAGAAACAUGAGCAUGAGGAAGUGGGCGAGAGGGAUUUACCUCGUCAGGGCUCUCCGAGCGGAGUCCCGCCAUCGGGACAGCGCACAGUCUCCGUGAUGAAUAACUUCCCAAAUAGUGUGUCUGCAACACAUACGGCAUCGCCGUCAUGUCGAAUGCAGCUAUACUAUGGCCCUACCUCUCAUUUCUCUCUCAUGCAGCAUAUCUACCGAGAUCUCGUCUCCAAUCCUAGCUCCUCCCACCCGGAACCUUCUGGCGGGGUUGUGGAAGCUGGAGCUGGCUUGGACUUGUUUAGCUUCCGUCGCAUUUUUUUCGGAACCCCAGAUUUCCAUGAGAGUAACAAGUUCCCUGGGAAAGGGGAUUUAUCUAUGAUGUUCCUGCCGUACGACCUGGCUAGGCUUUUUAUGUCGCGAUUUCUAUCCAGCCUUUAUCAUCUGAUACCCCUUCGCCCAAAGAUAUAUUAUGAGCAAUGUCUGGACCGGCUAUACAACUCUUCGCCCGACGAUCAUCUAGAUGCUUUUACCCAGGCGAUCCUUCUUCUUGCCAUGGCAAGCGCUUCACUCGGCACGGAGCAUUUUGCCUGGGGCGAUGUGUUAUUCGAGCGUGUCAAAGCUCUAUUGGUCGCGUUUGAUGACAACGAACAAGGUCGGCCAAACUCAACGUUCUUGCAUUUGGGUUCUGCUUCUCGCAAAGCAUUGUCAGCAGGUCUGCAUAAGGAUGUUCCACAUGACGUUGAUCAGACCCCGGAAAACAUUGAAGAACGACGGGUAACCUUCUGGUCUCUUUACAUCUACGAAACCUGGUUCUGCUUCCAUGUCGGACGUCCUACCUCCCUCUCCCUUAAAGAUGCCGCAAUCGAGUAUCCGCAGGAUCAAUUUAUUCGAUUGUUGGUGCAGCUUUGCAAAAGCAUCACUCGGUCUGUUAAUGAAAUAUACGGUCAGCGGCAUGAGUCUCUUCUGCACAUGUGGAGAGUCGCUCAAUCCAUUGCAAAUGAUAUCCGUUCUUAUGAAUCACAUUUCCAACAAGCUUUGGGUCUUGGGCUUGAUGACAGCAUCCAGGCGGGAUCACUUGGGGUUAGACAAAUUAUCUUCAUUACCCUAUAUAAUCAUACCCUACUUCUCACAUUCCGCCCAUUCUUAGUAUUUCGCGGGCAUUGGCAGCGCGAGAGUAAUAUUGCGCUCAACCAGCCUACCACCAAUGUCACAAAUCACCCCCGAGAAACGCCUUCUUGGCUCAACGAAGCAUGCAAUCAUGCCAUCACUGCCGCCCAAAGAAUAAUCCAUCACCUGUGUGAAGCUUCAAAAGUCAAUAAUCUUGUUCUGGAACUGCGAUACCAUGGGUAUUUUUUCAACAAUUCUGUAUUUACUCUCAUUUACGAGUUCAUUCACAACCCGAGUGUUGCGCCUCUCUAUCUGCCGUGGGUUUACGCUUCGUUGCAAGUAUUGUCAGCCAUGCGAGCCGGGGACCCGGUCACAAGCACAAUUUCAGCCAUGCAGACUGUGCUCCGCAAUAUUAAUCCAUCAUACGAAUGGACACCUCUAAUGACAACAACUGGGGAUAACUUUGCGGGCUUAGGAGGGACACCCGUACAACAAGGCCUCGCUCCCGACCGCAGCCAUCAAUCACAGCUCAACAACCCUGCGAUUCCUCAAAACCCUUCAAUAGGAAUGCGGUCAGGCAUACUGACAUCUCCUUGGAACCUUCCACAUAUGGAAAAACCGGAAACACCGGAAACCGGAGGCUCUGCGGGCUCUGGGGAUGACUUGCUUGAUUUCACUCAGUCUGACAUGGGCUGGAAUUUCGAUUUCUCUACCAUGGACCUGGACGCAUUCUUUUCGAUUUAUCAGUCGAAUGAUGCUCCGCUUCCUUGA